AUGGCUGAACCGAGCGUGGAAGAACUAAAGAAAGCAAUAAAACACAUCCUUAGCGGAGCAGACUUGGAUAGUCUGUCUGCUAAAAAGGUCAGAAAAUCUUUAGAGGAAGAGUUUGAAACAGAUUUCUCAAGCAGAAAAAAAGAGAUAGAUAAAUUAGUUAUGAAAAUGAAAGAAGAAGAUGAUAAUGAAGAAGAUGGAAAGGAUGAACCAAAGAAAAAAAAUUCAGAUGAUGAAGAUGAUGAUGAAAAUGGGGUUGAAAGUGAUGCCAACUCAGAAGAUGAAGUUCCAAAAAAGAAAGCCAAGAAGUCAGCACCCACCACAUCCAGUGCCAAACAAAAGAAAAGGAAAUCAGCAACGAAGGCAGAUGACAGUGAGGUCCCAGUUAUGUCAAGUAUUAAACAGAUGGACGAUGAAGAUCUUGCCAAAAAACUUCAAGAAGAAGAAACAGGCCUGAGAAGAAGGAGAGCUGCAGCUCCAAAACCAAGAAAAGAGAGGGAAAAAGACCCAGAUAAGAAGAAGAAACCAUCGCUCUACAGUCGCCCAUGCCAUUUGUCUGAUCAGUUAGCUGCUGUUGUGGGAAAAAAUGAGAUGCCAAGGCCGGACGUUUUGAAGACUUUGUGGUCUAUAGUGAAGGAGAGGAAUCUUCAGGAUCCUAAUGACAAAAAAUAUAUGUUGUGUGAUGAACAGAUGGAACAUCUAUUUGGGUCAAAGAGAAUAAAGCUGUUUGCAAUGAUGAAGUAUUUAAAGGAACAUAUAACUGAUAUUCCUUGUUAAAAUUUUGUCAACUUGAUGUUUUUAAAUGUUUGAUUAGAAACACCAUGUAUACAUUGCACAGAUUAACUAGCAGUUGUAAAAA